AUGCAACUACCACAAUUUCCAGGUGUUAACAUUGAGAUUUUAUUGUUUCAGGAUGUUUCAAAUGCCAAUGAUAUACGAUCAAAAAUAGCAGAAUUACCUUAUGCUUUCAUUGAUGCACGUACCAUAUGCUCUGUUGAGCAACUAAUGUCUGCUAUAUAUAGAGUAAUGAUCGAAUCGAAAUAUAAUAGACUGAGAACUAAGAGUCUUCAUUCAGAAGUAUUACUUGCCUUGUCACCUACAUCUAAUAUCGGCGAGGCAUUUAAGAAGUUUGGGAUUAGUGAUGAUACUAAAAAUCUUAUUAUGAUCGAAAUUAAUCAAGAUAACGAUAAUUCUUCUUUGGACAAGACUGUAGUAAACGGAGAAAUUGUUGACUUUAAUGAUGAUAACUUACAAAAAAAUAGUGACGUAAAUGCUAUAAGGAAAAUAUAUAAAAUCGACCAAUCUGUUGAAUUUGAGAAUAUUUCAGAAUUGUCGAGGGCUACUGUGAAUGCCAUUCAAUUGAGAGGUAUUUGA